AUUAGUUGCAUACAUGAAACUAGGCGAUGAGAUGAGGUAGAGCGGGAGGCUUCCCUGAUCUGCCUUUUCUGACUCUUAUCUUGGGUGGAUCUGAGCACCGGAGCCGGAGGGAUGACGGCUGGAGAGGGGCGGCAGCCGACCCUGAAGGAGAGGGAGAACAACAAGCGGCGGGAGCGGCGGCGGCGGGCGAUGGCUGCCAAGAUCUUCUCUGGGUUGCGGUCGAUGGGGAACUACAAGCUUCCCAAGCACUGCGACAACAACGAGGUACUCAAGGCCUUGUGCCGCGAGGCGGGGUGGAUCGUCGAGGAGGACGGCACCACCUACCGGAAGCAGGGAUGCAAGCCACCAACACCGCCUCCAGAAUUUGCCGGUGCAUCUUCAGGCAUAAGUCCUUGCUCCUCCCCGCUGUUGAGCCCAAUCUUGUCAUCUUUCCCUAGUCCUGUCCCUUCGUACCAUACAAGCCCCUUGACAUCAUCUUUCCCAAGCCCUAGCCGCAACGAUAACGUCCACAACCCCAGUGUCAAUCCCUCUUCUCUACUUCCUUUUCUGCAGAACCUUACAAGCCUUCCUCCACUUCGCAUCUCUAAUAGUGCCCCAGUGACCCCGCCACCAUCUUCACCUUCAGCUUCUCAUCCACCUAAGCUCAGGAAUCUAGAUAACACAUUCUGCUACUCUCUUUAUGCUAUUUCAGCUCCUUCUAGCCCUAUCAGAGGCCACCAACAAGGGCAGCCCAUGACAAUACCUGAAUGUGACGAGUCUGAUGCUUCAACCGUCGACUCUGGCCAGGAGGGGGCUGGUUCCCAUAUGGCGGUCCCUGGGUCGCCCACUUUCAACCUUGUUAAGACCUUUGUUGCGGCAAAGGGGACUGCAAUAGGCACAUCAUUAGGGGUGCCAGAGAAGGGCCGAAGCAUGGAGUUUGAAUUUGAAAACAGAUGGGUAAAGCCAUGGGAGGGAGAGAGGAUUCAUGAUGUUGGACCUGAUGAUAUUCAGCUCACUUUGGGAGUUGGAGGUACAACCCCCAAGCUAAACGUCACAUCUUGAAACGUUACUUUAGUACUCUAGCAUCGGUUUUCCGAGUUCAUUUGAGAUUAAAUUCCUGGGGUAUUAUCAAUAUGGUCCUGUCCCCCCACUUAUUGAUUUAAUCCUCAUUUACGUAGCUCUUCAUGCUGAUCAUUUGGAGGGAAAAUGAUUAUCUAUCUGUCACAAUUGUGCUUGGAUAUUUGGGUACCCAUUGAUUGUCUAUUAUCUGUCACAAUUGUGCCUGGAUAUUUGGGCACCUGAUUUCACUUUGGUAUUUGAAUUGUAACAGCUUGUGAGGACAUGCAUCUAUAUAUCGGUAAAUACUAGUUGGGAUA